GUUUUAUAUCGCGUUUUUAAUCGACUUUUCUAAUCACACCGUUCCGAUCAACCAAUGAGUUCCAAUGAGAUCCCCGGUGUUGCUAUUAGCAAUUCUAUGUUCCAUCUGUGUUGGAGAGCUAACAGAUCGGGAAUUGUCAGUUUUGUGUCCGAAAGGAAUUAAAUGUGUGACUAGUAAAACGUUUAUUUUUUGCGAGAAUAAUAAUAUUUUUCUCGCUUAUGGCAAAAAAAUUUUUGCCUGUGAAGGAAAUUUUGUUUGUGAUGAGCAAGAUCCAUACAAUGGUUGUGUGCAUCAAAAGUUUUACAAAGAUUUAACUCAAGAUAAGACGAAGAUUGUUAUUGAUAUUAAUAUUGUUGAUAAGGAUAAAAAGAAAGGCGAGAAUUGUUCAUCUGAUGCUGAUUUUCCGAUAGAUGCAAGCCCAACUGAGUUACCCCCACCGUUAGAUUCCAACUUGGUGGAAAAACCUACUAAUAAUUCCAACUCGUCUCAAGAAUCUGUCACUGAUUCUAAUUUAGUACACAAAUCUACCACUCUAAAGAAUGAUGAAGAUGGUAAAGAAACAACUCCAGUUUUGUCAUUCGAUACCAUAUUUCGCCCUAAACCUUUUAACUCAUCAUCUACAGAUGUUCCAUUUAGUGACAAAAACACAAAGGAAAAUCCUGAUUUUCCACUAGAAGCCAGUACUUUACCUAGCCACAUAGAUGAAAAAAAAGCAUCUACUGUUGCAUAUUCACCAAAGGAGGCUCUUCAGUCUGUCAAAUUACCAGCAAUUAAUAAACCAACUACGAGUGAAGAUCACACUGUUUCAACUUCUAAAGUUAGUACUCCACCUACUGAUGCUAGCGAUGAAAAAUCUACUCAAGGUGAUGUAACAAAUGAACCGUCAGAUACGAGUUCGUCAGAGGAAUCUUCUGCUGAUUUCAAUUCAGAAGAGGAUGAUGACGAUGACGAUGGUACUCUAGAUAAUGUAUCAUCCGAUACUACAUUCCGACCUGAAUCCUAUCGUAGACAACCAAAUGGUAUUUUUAGACCACAAUCUCAAGCUGUGCAACCAACAGAUACAGAAAACCAAGAAAUCCCAUCAGAUGACCGUAAUCCAUUUAGUAACAAAGGAGAAAAAACACCUGAUUUUCCACUAGAAGCCAGUACUUUAUCCAGCCACAUAGAUAAAGAAAAAGCAUCUACUGUAGCAUAUUCACCAAAGGAAGCUCUUCAGUCUGUCAAAUUACCAGCAAUUAAUAAACCAACUACGAGUGAAGAUCACACUGUUUCAACUUCUAAAGUUAGUACUCCACCUACAGAUGCUAGUGAUAAAAAAAUUACUCAAGGUGAUGUUACAAAUGAAUCAUUAGAUACAAGUUCGUCGGAGGAAUCUUCUGCUGAUUCCAAUUCAGAAGAGGAUGAUGACGAUGGUACUUUAGAUAAUGUUUCAUCUGAUACUAAACUUCCACCUGAAUCCCAUCCUAGACAACCAAAUGGUAUUUUUAGACCACAAUCUGAAGCUGUGCAACCAACAGAUAUAGAAAACCAAGAAAUCUCAUCAGAUGACCGUAAUCCAUUUAGUAAUAAAGGAGGAAAAAAACCUGAUUUUCUACUAGAAGCUAGUACUUUAGCUAGCAACACAGAUGACCAAGAAGCAUCUACAGAAGCACAUUCAUUGGAAGAAGUUCCUGAGGAUGCCGUAUCACCAGUUACUAAUAAACCACUUACGUAUCAACAUCACAUUGUUGUAUCUUCUAAAGUUAGUACUACAGUUACCGAUGCCAGCGAUGAAAAAUCUAGUACAGGUGAUGCAACAAAUGAAUCAUUAGAGUCGUCAGAAGAAUCCACAACUGAUCUUAAUUCAAAAGAGAAAGAUGAUAAUAUGCUUCGACCCGAAUCUAAACCAAAACAAAAUGGUAUUUUUAGACCACAUCCUAAACCAGAAAAAGUGCAACCAUCAGAAAACCAUAAUCCAUUUAGUAACAAACCGGGGAAAAAAACAUAUUCUCCACUAGAAACCAGUACUUUGUCUAACAACACAGAUAAAGAUAAUGCUUCCCUAGUACCACAGUUACCAGAAAACGAUCUCCAGUUUGUUACAUUUAGUACAGUACCAUCUGUGGACCACGAUCGUACUGGUUUACUAUCUACUCUACCCACUGCUGAAGAAACCACUUCUGAUAUUACAACACCACUUCAAAUCAAAGAAAACCAUGGUACUAUUGAACGACCACAAAACCCAUCCAAUUCUAUUUUUCGGCCAAAGCCGCCUGAAAGUACUACUCCUUGUCAAAAUAAUAUAUUUCGGCCUAAACCACACAAACCACAAAACGAUAGUCAUACAAAUUCUGACAAGCUUUCGCCAAAAUCAGAAAAUGAUAUAGAUUUUUCCGUCGAAGCCAGUACUUUACCAAAUGAAAAAACGACAGUACCUCUACCACCGGAGGAAGAUAAAUUUGUGAGAGCUAGUACAAUACCAAGUGAUAAAGCAAGUAACAAUGAACCAAGUUUGAUUGAAGACGAUACAUCUGUGUUUCUUGAAAGUAGUACUCUACCAACGAAUCCAGAAGAUAAAAACCAGCAAUCUUCAGAUGUUCUUUUCUCACCUCAGGUUAGUACUCCACCAAAUUCUGACAGUAAAAUCACUACACCUCAGACGAGUAAUUUGGAAGAUAGUACUUUGUCUAGCGACAAAUCAGAAGUAGAAGUAUUAACAGAACCACCCACGAAUAAGGAGGUUCCAGCUGGUGAAUCUAAAAUCUCGAAACCAAGUUCCAUAUUUAGGCCUAAAAUUUUUUCACCGAAAAAUUUUACUAAACCUGAUACGAAACAGGAACAUCCAGAUGUUUAUUUUUCUUCUGUGUUUACAACUCCACCAAAUGAACCCACCACUUUGCUAACUGAUAAAGGAGAAGAAGAAAUACCUACUGAAAUUCCACCACCAGAAUUUUUCAAAGAUACUAGCACAAUACCUAGUUUGAAUGAAGAAACUACAUCUUUAAAUUUUGAAAUUAGCACUAGGAAUCCAGUCAGUACUGAUGAUCAAAGUUCUAUAUUUCGGCCAAAAAUUCAAGUACCGAAGAAUUUUACUGAACCUGAUAAGUAUCAUGAUAAUCCAGAUAUUGAUAUCCCUUCUGUGUUUACCACUCCACCAAAUCAAAAAAAUUCUGAAAAUGAACCCACUACACUUCAAUCAGCAGAUGAUUCUGAUUUUUAUGUGGAAGCUAGUACUUUGCCUAAUGACAGACAAGAAGAAGGAUAUUUUAUAGAAUUUUCACCACCACAAGAAGACAACACAUUUUACGAAGAUAGUACAAGACCGAGUAAUAAAGAUAGUGAUAAAGCACCAGGUUUGGAUGAAAAAACUACGUCUUUGAGCGUUGAAAUUAGUACUGUAUCUACGAAUUUAAUUAAUAAUGAAGAAAAUCAAGAAGAGAGUCUUGUUAGUACACCUAAAAUACGACCACCAAGUUCGAUAUUUAGGCCAAAAGUUUAUGCACCUAAAAAUUCUACAAAUUUUGAUAACAAAAAUCAAAAUCCAGAGGUUUAUUUUUCAUCUGUUUUCACGACUCCACCAAAUCAAGAUUCUGAAAGUGAACCCACUACACUUCAAACGGCAGAUGAUUCUGAUGUUUUUGUGGAAACCUCUACUUUGCCUAAUGAUAAACAAGAAGAAGAAUAUUUUACAGAACUUCCACCACCACAAGAACACACCACUAUUUUCAAAGAUACUACAAAACCGAGUGACAAAGAUACAGAUUGGCGUGAAGAAACUACGUCUUUGAAUCUUGAAAACUCAACGCCAAGCUCAGAAUCUCGACCUGUUUCUAUAUUUAGACCGAAAAUACAUACACCAAAAAAUGUUGCUGAACCUGAUAAGGAUCAAAAAAUUCCAGAUGAGUUUUUCUCACCUCAGUAUAGUACUCCACCAAGUGAAGUAAAUCUAGAAAAAGGAAACAUCACACCAGAUUUUUCUGCAGAAGCUAGUACGCCAUUUAGUGACACAUCUGAAGAAAGAACAGAUUCCCAAUUUGUUGAAGCUAGUACCUUACCCAAUAAUAUGGAUGAAACCGAAAAUCAAAACACUGUAUUACCUACAACUUUACCAGAUGAAGAAAGUACUUUCAAUGAUCUUCAAAGUCAAGAAGAUUCUCCCAUUUAUCGACCAUCGCAAGAAAAUAAACCACAAAUUAGUCCACCCAAACCUGUUUCUCCAGAUAACCCUGAUAUCAUAUUUAGACCUAAAAUCCCAAUAUUACAAAAUCGAACUGACGAUAAGUUGAAUCAAAGUACACCAGGAGUUAGUACACCACCAGCAAAAAAUAUUGAAAACGAACCAAGUACACCAGAGAAAGAUUUUGAUUUUUUGGUUGAAACUAGUACUCUUCCUUAUGAUUUAUUGAAAAAUAACACAACUUUGAAACCGUUUUACGAAGAUAUUCAAUUUAACGAAUUUAGUACCGUGCCAAAUAAUAUAGACGAUAAAGAGCAUUUGGACAAGGAUGUUACUUUAGUACCUCCUAACAGUACUCCAUCGAAUAAUGAAAAUAAUGAAGACAGUACAGAAAGUGAUAAUGUAACGCUUUCGCCAUCUACCCCACAACCUGUUUCUCAACCUAACUCAAUAUACCGGCCUAAACCUAAACCCAAGCCUAAACUUCUACCUGGAGUUAAUACUGUACCCAGCGUAACAACUGAGAAAAUUGCUCAACUCCCGGAAGAAGAUUCUCAAUUUGUCGAAUACAGUACUGUCCCCAAUCUGGAUAAAGUAAGUACUUUUGUGCCACCUGAAAAAAGUACUCCACCCACAUAUACAGACAACGAUAACUUACUUGAACCUAGUGCACCUCCAGAAAUGAAUCCAACUGAAAUAGUACUUAGCGAUGAUAGUGUAACUGAUAGUUUAACAGCCUUGCCACCCAAAACUGAAAGUUUCACAACACAACCUAGUUCUAAACCUGAAGUGAUAUAUCGGCCUAAACCUAAACCAAAUCUAAGUAACAGUACUAUCUUCCGACCUCCGCUGUAUUUACCACAAGAGGAACCAGAUCCCGAAAAGUUAAAAGAGGAAGAAAGAAACAUUCUAUUUUCACCUGAAGUUAGUACUUUAGCUAACAUCCCAUGUGAUAAUGAAGCAACGACAGUACUUCAACUACCAGAGAAAGGUGUCCAAUUUUCUGAGUAUAGUACCAUUCAAAGUGAAACAGAACUAAGUUCAGGUCAACACGAAACAAGUACUCCACCCUCAUCUAGAGAUACUGAAGAAGAACUGACUAGUACUGAUGUAGUUUUAACGUCGCCACCUAUUGAAAAUUCUACACCACAACUUGAAGUAAUAUAUCGACCUAAACCUAAACCUCAGCCUAAGCCAACUAAACCAACUGAAACAUCAACUGUGCUUCAACCAUCUGAAGAGGAUCUUCAAUUUUACGAAUAUAGUACUAUUCCUAAUGUGGACAGUAAAGUUCCAAAUCCACAAAAACCAGUAAAACCUAAACCAAAACCUAGUAAAAACAUUAUUUUCCGACCGGCACUUUCCAUACCAACAAAAGAAAAGGAAAAUGAAAAGUUAGAUCAGGAAGAACAAGGCAUUCUAUUUCCACCUGAGGUUAGUACUCUACCUAAUAUUCCACGUGACAAUGAAGCAACGACAGUUCUUCAACUGCUAGAAACAGAUUUCCAGUUUUCUGAAUUCAGUACCAUACCUAACAAUAUUCAAAGUGAAACAGAUCUAAGUUCAAGUCAAGACGAAAUAAGUACUCCACCUACAACUAGAGACACUGAAGAAGAACUAACUAGCUCUGAUGUAGCUUCAACGUCUCCACCAAUCGAAAAUUCUACACCAUAUCCUGAAGUAGUAUAUCGGCCUAAACCUAAACCUCAGCCUAAGCCAACUAAACCAACUGAAACAUCAACUGUGCUUCAACCAUCUGAAGAGGAUCUUCAAUUUUACGAAUAUAGUACUAUUCCUAAUGUGGACAGUAAAGUUCCAAAUCCACAAAAACCAGUAAAACCUAAACCAAAACCUAGUGAAAACAUUAUUUUCCGACCGGCACUUUCCAUACCAACAAAAGAAAAAGAAAACGAAAAGUUAGAUCAGGAAGAACAAGGCAUUCUAUUUCCACCUGAAGUUAGUACUCUACCUAAUAUUCCACGUGACAAUGAAGCAACGACAGUACUUCAACUGCUAGAAACAGAUUUCCAGAUUUCUGAAUUCAGUACCAUACCUAACAAUAUUCAAAGUGAAACAGAUCUAAGUUCAAGUCAAGACGAAAUAAGUACUCUACCUACAUCUAGAGACACUGAAGAAGAACUAACUAGCUCUGAUGUAGUUUCAACGUCUCCACCAAUUGAAAAUUCUACACCACAACCUGAAGUAAUAUAUCGGCCUAAACCUAAACCUCAACCUGAGCCAACUAAACCAACAGAAACAUCAACUAUGCUUCAAUCAUCUGAAGAGGAUUUUCAAUUUUACGAAUAUAGUACUAUUCCAAAUGUGGACAGUAAAGUUUCAAAUCCACAGAAACCAGUAAAACCUAAACCAAAACCUAGUGAAAACAUUAUUUUCCGACCGGCACUUUCCAUACCAACAAAAGAAAAAGAAAACGAAAAGUUAGAUCAGGAAGAACAAGGCAUUCUAUUUCCACCUGAAGUUAGUACUCUACCUAAUAUUCCACGUGACAAUGAAGCAACGACAGUACUUCAACUGCUAGAAACAGAUUUCCAGAUUUCUGAAUUCAGUACCAUACCUAACAAUAUUCAAAGUGAAACAGAUCUAAGUUCAAGUCAAGACGAAAUAAGUACUCUACCUACAUCUAGAGACACUGAAGAAGAACUAACUAGCUCUGAUGUAGUUUCAACGUCUCCACCAAUUGAAAAUUCUACACCACAACCUGAAGUAAUAUAUCGGCCUAAACCUAAACCUCAACCUGAGCCAACUAAACCAACAGAAACAUCAACUAUGCUUCAAUCAUCUGAAGAGGAUUUUCAAUUUUACGAAUAUAGUACUAUUCCAAAUGUGGACAGUAAAGUUUCAAAUCCACAGAAACCAGUAAAACCUAAACCAAAACCUAGUGAAAACAUUAUUUUCCGACCGGCAAUUUCUGUACCACCAAAAGAAAAGAAAAACGAAAAGUUAGAUCAGGAAGAACAAGGCAUUCUAUUUUCACCUGAAGUUAGUACUCUACCUAAUAUCCCACGUGACAAUGAAGCAACGACAGUACUUCAACUGCUAGAAACAGAUUUCCAGUUUUCUGAAUUUAGUACCAUACCUAACAAUAUUCAAAGUGAAACAGAUCUAAGUUCCAGUCAACACGAAACAAGUACUCCACCCACAUCUAGAGACACUGAAGAAGAACUAACUAGCUCUGAUGUACUUUCAACAUCUCCACCAAUUGAAAAUAUUACAUCACAACCUGAAAUAAUAUAUCGGCCUAAACCUAAACCUCAGCCUAAGCCAACUAAACCAACUGAAACAUCAACUGUGCUUCAACCAUCUGAAGAGGAUUUUCAAUUUUACGAAUAUAGUACUAUUCCAAAUGUGGACAGUAAAGUUCCAAAUCCACAAAAACCAGUAAAACCUAAUCCAAAACCCAGUGAAAACAUUAUUUUCCGACCGGCACUCCUCGUACCACCAAAAGAAAAAGAAAUCGAAAAGUUAGAUCAAGAAGAACAAGGCAUUAUGUUUCCACCUGAAGUCAGUACUUUACCUCCAUGUGAUAAUAAAUCAUCUACAGUACCUCAACGUUCAGAAGAUGACUUUCAAGAUUUCGAGUUUAGUACCAUACCAAAUUUUGGCACUACAGACCAAGAGGAAACAUUUGCAACAACUGAAAGAACUACUCCACCUACUUUUACAGAAGAUAAAACUACAGAAAAAAUAUCGUUUUCCACAUUGCAACCUGAUGCAACGCUUAGACCUAAACCUAAACCAAAUGGAACUACUAUCUUUCGGCCUAAACUCCGUAUACCUCCGAAAGAAAAGGGAUCUGAUUCUACCAUUAUAACAAGCGAUACAUUUGAAAUACCAGAUUUACCAGAAAAAGAUCAUCAAUUUUCUGAAUCUAGUACCAUGCCAAAUGCUAUAGAUAAUGAUAACACUAGUCUAGAACAAGAAGUUGACAAAGGCCCAGAAAAACCAACUGGUGACAAUGAUAUUCCAAGUUCACCUAAUGAAACCAUAUUUCGGCCGAAACUUCAUAAACAAAUAAAUUCUACGAAAGCCGAACAAACAGAUACUCUAUUUCCACCUGAAGUUAGUACUCUUUCCAGCAGGACAGAGGGUAGUACUCUACCUAUUGACAGUGACAUACAAACAACUCUACGGCCAUUCGAAAUUAAUACAGUGCUUAAUGAUAAAAAUGAGCAAAUUACAGAAAUUUUUCCUUCUCAAUAUACUACAGUACCUACAUUUGAUACAAUAACUGACAUGGUACAAGAAGUUAGUACUUUACCUAGUAAGACUACAAUGUUGAAUGACCAUAAAGAAAGUAACAAAUCCCUUCAAGAGCCUCCAGUGAAGAAAAAAGAUGAUAAUUUCAUGGAUUCGCAAGUAACUACUCUAAACAGUAAAAAAGACUAUAAAAAAACACCACCAAAAGAAGAUGAAGUCUUUUUCGCUCACCCAAGUACUCUGAAACCAAACAAAAAAGACAGUUACGCACACCCAACUACUCUAAAACCAAAAAAAGAAGAGUCUGUCACUAAUCUAAGUACUCCUCCAAGUGGCAAUAAAACUAAAGAAACUAUAAAAAUUUCUAAUACACAAAAAUCACAGAAUCAUACAAAACUAUCACACAGCAAAACCAAAAAACCUCCUCUUCGCCACAAUACGUCAAGUGAAGAAAGUGACGAAAGUGACGAAAGUGGUGAAACAUCAAUUAAUAUCGAAAACUCACAAUCACUACAAGCCAAUAUUAACAUUGGGAGUGGUGAUAAUUUAACUGCUGAUAAGGAGAGAAAUAACCGUCCAAAUCCUUUUGAACCAAAACCAAGUCAAGACAAUAAAAAAUCAUACGGCACUUCUGUUAAAAUUGAAAACUCUCAAAAUUUAAAUCUUAAUAUUAACACUGGUAAGGAAACACUUAACACGAAGAACAGUAACCUCUCUAAUGCUACUGGUAGUGCUACUGAUAAAGGUCGAGGUGGUGAAAGUAAUAAAGAAUCUUCUAACACUUCUGUAAAUGUAGAAAACGCCCAAAAAUUAAAUGUAAAUGUCAAUAGUGAUGGACAGACAAUUUCCCAUUCGAAUAACAACUCAAAACCAACAGCACAGAACAAUUCACUUUCAAACGCUAUCGGCAGUGGUCCUAAUAAAAACGUCUCAAGUGGAAAAUUUGACCACACAUCUGUGAAUAUUGAAAACACGCAAUCACUAAAUGUAAAUAUUAAUACCGGUGAUCGACAAAACACAAAAAAUAAUCUUCCAAAUGCUUCUGGUGGUGAUGAUAUGAAAGCUGUACUAAAAACUACUCUUCUUUCAUCUAUUGACUCAAGUAAUGUGAAGAAGAAAACGCCUGUAAAACUUGCCCCUUUUUCUGGUACAAAAAACAAAAAUCGUCUUCCGGCUGGUAAACCAAAUGAAGUAAACAAUGAUCCUACAGAACUAUCAAUAAAAGAAGUCAGAGGUGACUACACCAAGACCAUUAGUAGCUAUGAGAAGAAUAAAAGUAGUCCAAAACGUCCUCAGCUUUUAUCAGUUAAAACACAUAUCAAGAAACCUACAAAAUCAUCAAUAGAGAAUAAUACAGUGAGACCAAACCGUUUUACUCUUCCAUCUAACGAUCCAACUGAAGUUUACAACGAUUAUCCCACAGAACUAGCAAGAAAUAUAUAUCCAAAUGCUGUUGGUAGUUAUGAUGAAAGUAAUCUGUUAAAUAAACUAACUGUAUCAAGUGAAGAUGACGAAAGCGAUGUCACUGAUGACAAUGAUAAGAAUAAAGGUGGACCAAGCAAACUAAAUUACGAUAAUCCUGAAAAAUUACCAGUUGAUAAAGUUAAUAGUCUUGACAAGAAUAGAGGUAGAACAAAACGUCCUAAAAUUUCAUCUGAUUCUCUAAGUCAAGGAGAUAAUCCUACAAAACCAGCAUCAACUGAAAUGAAGGAUCACGUUCAAAAGUCCAUUGCGAGUUAUGGCAAGAAUAAAAAUACACCAAAAGAAAGUAAAACAAAGCAAAAAUAUUCUCAAACUUCUGACAUAAUAAAAAACGAAAGUAUCGACAAUUUAAAGGAACCACAAACAAACAGUGGAAUUAAUGAGAGUGAAGAAAAUGUAGCUAAUCACAUUUAUUUGCGUGAAAAAGCAAAACUACCUCCAACUGACGUCGAAGAUGCAAAAACCACAAAACUGGAUUCAGAAACUGUGAGCCAGGAAUCAGAAAACUUAAGUUUGUCCACGGAGGAAGAACGUGAGAUAGUUUUUGUCGAGUUCCACAAGAGAAAAGAUCAAGAAUCUCUAGUAUACAGUGUUAAAGUCGAUCUGCAAAAACACAGUCUUUCUGACUAUAUCCCAAGAACGCGCUUUGAAGAAAUCAAAAUUACAACAGGGUUUGUUUAUCAGUUGCUCAACAAACACAUCGGACCUAUUCACCGCAUGAGACCAUACAAACUCACUUUCCGUAACCAGAUAUACGAGUUGGGUGAAAAUCUUCUAGCUGGUACUUCAAAUAUGGAAGAGUUCCAAGUAUCAGUUGGUACUUUAACUGAAAUUGAGGAUGGUGUUUUCAGAGGCGAAAAACUGAAAUAUCUCAACCUGAGAGACAACAAAAUUUCUGAAAUCGCGUCACAUGCCUUUGACGAUAUGACACAGCUUACGAAAAUUUCUCUCAUCAAUAACCAAUUGGCGGAAUACAACCCGAAUUGGUUCCACAACUGUCCGAAGCUUCAGACAAUACUUUUGAGUUACAACAAGAUCAGAACUUUGCCGCCUUUUGCUUUCAAAAACUUAAAUCUCAACCUGCAUUUCCGAAUAUUUUUGGAUUACAAUGAGAUUACCACUAUUAGUGACUCAACAUUCCUCAAAAGUCCUGCAAACAGCUUAAACCCUCAAUAUUUUGACAACUUGCGUAAAAAAGGGUUUAGGAUUCACUUGAAAGGCAACCGAUUGAAAUGUGUGACUGAAGACGUGUCGAAAACUUUCGUCGCCAAAGUCAAUACUAUGAAGAGAAAUCCCUUCACGUGCGAAUGCCAGAGGAAAAUUCUUAAAUGGAAGAAAACACACCCCAGAAUUCAAAUUUAUUUAGACUACAACAGUGCUUGUCUCAAUACUUGAAGCUUUCUGUUUGUUUAGAAAUAAAUAAAUGUA